AUGGCUAGCACCAGCGGCACCAAGAGCGACCUCCCGCGGUCGCUCUCCCGGGCCUCCACCAUGAUGGUGGAUUUGCGCGACGGCGACGCUCCGGUCAUCGACAGUGAGGUCGUUCCCUCUUCUUUGGCUUCUAUUGCCCCCAUUCUCCGUGUUGCUAACGAGAUUCAGGAUGAUAAUCCAAGAGUCGCCUAUCUAUGUCGGUUCCAUGCAUUUGAGAAAGCUCAUAAGAUGGACCCAACAUCAAGUGGACGUGGCGUCCGCCAAUUCAAGACAUAUUUGCUGCAUAGACUUGAGAAGGAAGAAAGUGAAACAGAACCUCGUCUUGCAAGAACUGAUCCAAGAGAAAUACAAUUGUACUAUCAGAAGUUCUACGAGGAAAAUAUAAGAGAUGGACAAUAUACUAAAAAACCGGAGGAGAUGGCUAAAAUUCUUCAGAUUGCAUCUGUGUUAUAUGAUGUGCUGAAAACAGUGGUACCUUCAUCCAGAGUGGAAGAAGAGACACAAAAAUACGCCAAGGAUGUUGAGAAGAAACGAGAGCAAUAUGAGCACUAUAACAUUCUUCCACUAUAUUCUGUUGGUUUAAAACCGGCAAUUAUGGAACUUCCUGAGAUCAAAGCUGCAUUUAAUGCUGUACGCAAUGUGGAUAAUCUUCCGAUGCCCAGAAUCAGUUCCAUUCAUGGUGCAAACCAUGACGUGCCGACUGGAAAGAUCAAACCUGUCAAUGACAUACUUGAGUGGCUUUCUUCUCUUUUUGGUUUCCAGAAAGGAAAUGUGGCAAACCAGAGAGAGCACCUGAUAUUGUUAUUAGCUAAUAUAGACACAAGGAAACGGAGCCUUGAAGAUUAUACAGAGUUAAAUACUGGCACAAUACAGCAACUACUGAACAAAACUUUCAAAAACUAUCUUUCCUGGUGUCACUAUCUGCGAGUUGAAAGCAAUCUCCGGUUCCCAGGAGGCUUUGAUAAACCACAGCUAGAGCUUAUCUACAUUGGGUUGUAUCUACUAAUAUGGGGAGAAGCUUCAAAUAUACGAUUCAUGCCAGAAUGCAUUUGCUAUAUCUUCCACAAUAUGGCAUAUGAAGUUUUUGGCGUAUUAUUCCGCAAUUUACAUCCUGUUAGUGGAGAGAGUUAUGAAACAGCAGCACCUGAUGAUGAAGCUUUUCUGCGGAAUGUAAUACAUCCUAUAUACCAGGUUGUGCGUAAGGAAGCUAGGAGAAACAAAAGUGGGAAAGCCAGCCAUUCGAGGUGGAGAAACUAUGAUGACUUGAACGAGUAUUUCUGGUCUAACAGAUGUCUUAGAAUAAAAUGGCCGAUGGAUCUCAAAGCAGACUUUUUUAUUCACUCAGAUGAGGUUUUGCCAACAAAUGAGAGAUCUAAUCAGGGUGGCAGUGGAAGGCGGAAGCCGAAAACUAAUUUUGUCGAAGUCCGUACUUUCUGGCACCUUUAUAGAAGUUUUGACCGCAUGUGGAUCUUUUUUAUCUUGGCUUUCCAGGCUAUGUUGAUUAUUGCUUGGAAUUCUGGAUCUAUUGCUGGCUUUUUUGAUCCAGAUGUCUUCAGAAGUGUGUUGAGCAUCUUUAUCACUUCUGCAGUUCUCAAUCUGCUGCGAGCUAUUCUUGAUAUUAUACUCAACCUUUAUGCUUGGAGGAGCUUAAAAUUCACACAAAUAAUGCGCUACCUGCUCAAAUUCGCUGUGGCAGCAGCAUGGGCUGUUGCUAUGCCUAUUGCUUAUUCCAAAUCUGUUCAGAAUCCGACAGGGCUCAUCAGAUUUUUCAGCAGCUGGGCUAGUGACUUUCAAAAUCAAUCUCUUUAUAAUUAUGCUGUUGCAAUUUAUUUGCUGCCCAAUAUCCUAUCUGCUCUAUUGUUUGUGCUUCCACCAUUACGAAGGACUAUGGAGAAAUCAAACUUCCGGAUAAUUACUCUACUUUUGUGGUGGGCUCAGCCAAAACUGUAUAUUGGUAGAGGCAUGCAUGAGGAUGUGUUUUCACUUUUAAAGUAUACACUCUUUUGGAUCUUACUGAUUAUAAGCAAGUUAGCAUUCAGCUAUUAUGUUGAGAUAUUGCCACUUGUUGAGCCAACGAAACUGAUUAUGGAGAUGAGGAUCGAUAAUUAUCAGUGGCAUGAGUUCUUUCCACAUGCUAAGCACAACAUUGGUGCGGUUAUUGCAAUAUGGGCGCCAAUUGUCCUGGUUUACUUUAUGGAUGCACAAAUAUGGUACGCAAUAUUUUCUACUCUUUUCGGUGGCAUUCGUGGAGCAUUCAGUCAUCUGGGUGAGAUAAGGACUCUUGGUAUGCUGCGGUCAAGAUUUGAAGACGUUCCUUCAGCUUUCAGUACCUGUCUUGUGCCUUCCUCAAAGAAAAGAGGCAAAAGGAAACAUUUGGAUGAGUCAGCUGAAAGGCAAAGCAUUGCCAAUUUUUCUCAUGUGUGGAAUGAGUUCAUUAACUCUAUGAGAAUGGAGGACCUCAUAAGCAAUGAUGAAAGAGAUUUGCUACUGGUACCAUCUUCCUCUAAUGAUGUGUCAGUCAUUCAAUGGCCUCCCUUUUUGCUUGCGAGCAAGAUUCCUAUUGCUCUGGACAUGGCAAAAGACUUCAAGGGGACUAAUGGUGCUGACUUAUUUAGGAGAAUGGAUGAGUAUAUGCGGUUUGCUGUGGUUGAAUUUUAUGAGACUAUAAGAGACAUAAUUUAUAGUCUGCUGCAAGAUGAUUCAGACAGGAUGAUCAUAAGACAGAUUUGUUAUGAAGUUGACGUGAGCAUACAACAACAAAGGUUUCUGCAAGAAUUCAGAACGAGUGGGUUGCCUUUGCUUAGUGAUAAGUUGGAGAAGUUUUUGCACACCUUGCUGAGUAAUUAUGAAGAUCCGGAUAUGUUCAGAGCUCAAAUAAUCAAUAUUCUCCAGGACAUUAUUGAAAUUAUUGUUCAGGAUGUUAUGGUUCGGGGCCGUGAAAUCCUUGAAAGAGCUCACUAUGCCGCAGAAGAUGACGAGAGUGUCAAGAAAGAACAGAGGUUUGGAAAGAUAAACAUUGACCUCAUACGAAACAAAACAUGGAGAGAGAAGGUUGUAAGGUUGCAUUUGCUCUUGACAACAAAGGAAUCUGCAAUAAAUGUGCCAUCCAACUUAGAUGCCCGUCGCCGUAUCACUUUCUUUGCAAAUUCGUUGUUUAUGAACAUGCCAAGUGCCCCAAAAGUGAGGGACAUGCUUUCUUUUAGUGUUUUGACUCCUUAUUACAAAGAAGAUGUCCUUUACUCCGAGGAAGAGCUUAAUCAUGAAAAUGAAGAUGGCAUAACAAUUUUGUUCUAUCUUCAAACAAUAUAUCGCGAUGAAUGGAAAAACUUUGAGGAAAGGAUAACUGGUUGCGCUCCGAAGGACAGGGCAGAGCUUACUCGUCAUUGGGUAUCUUAUAGAGCACAGACACUUGCAAGAACAGUUAGAGGGAUGAUGUACUAUAGACGUGCUCUGGAACUACAGUACUUGCUUGAAUUUGCAGGAGAGAAUGCUAUUAUCAAUGGCCUCCCCAGCAUGGAACUCAGUAAUGAGGAUAGAUCUCUAUCUGAGCGUGCGCAGGCUCUAGCUGAUCUGAAAUUCACCUAUGUGGUUUCAUGUCAGAUAUAUGGUGCUCAAAAAAAGUCCAGCGAUGGCCGGGACCGAAGCUGUUACAAUAACAUUUUGAAUCUCAUGUUAAAGUAUCCAUCACUGCGGGUUGCUUAUAUCGAUGAAAGAGAGGAGACAGUGAAUGGAAAGCAACAGAAGGUGUAUUAUUCUGUGCUUGUUAAAGGGGGUGACAAGUUGGAUGAGGAAAUUUACAGAAUUAAGCUUCCGGGGCCUCCAACAGAAAUAGGUGAAGGCAAACCUGAAAAUCAGAACCAUGCAAUUAUUUUCACUCGUGGAGAAGCUUUGCAAACCAUUGACAUGAACCAGGAUAAUUACUUUGAAGAGGCUUUCAAAAUGAGAAACGUACUGGAGGAGUUCAUAACACCCCGCCGUGGGCCACGCAAGCCAACAAUUCUGGGCCUGAGGGAGCAUAUAUUUACUGGAAGUGUUUCAUCACUUGCCUGGUUUAUGUCCAACCAAGAGACAAGCUUUGUCACCAUUGGACAACGAAUUUUGGCUAACCCUUUGAGGGUUCGUUUCCAUUAUGGUCAUCCUGAUAUAUUUGACCGGAUAUUCCAUAUUACCAGAGGUGGCAUCAGCAAAGCUUCUAAAAUCAUAAACUUGAGCGAGGAUAUAUUUUCAGGAUACAACUCUACACUACGUGGUGGAUACAUUACACACCAUGAAUAUAUACAAGUGGGCAAAGGACGUGAUGUGGGGAUGAAUCAGAUAUCACUUUUUGAAGCAAAGGUUGCUAACGGAAACGGAGAGCAGACUCUUAGUCGCGAUGUUUAUCGUCUUGGGCGCCGGUUUGACUUCUACAGGAUGUUGUCAUUCUAUUUCACGACAGUUGGUUUUUAUUUCAGCAGCAUGAUAACUGUGCUUAUCGUAUAUGUGUUCUUGUAUGGACGUUUGUACAUGGUAAUGAGUGGAGUAGAAAUGGAGAUCCUGACAAAUGCAACGAUACGACAAAGCAAUGCACUUGAAGAAGCUUUGGCCACCCAGUCUGUGUUCCAAUUAGGAUUGUUACUAGUCCUGCCAAUGGUUAUGGAAAUUGGAUUGGAGAAGGGGUUUCGCACUGCCUUGGGUGAUUUCAUCAUUAUGCAACUACAACUGGCCUCUGUCUUCUUUACAUUUCAGCUUGGAACUAAAGCUCAUUACUACGGGAAGACGAUUUUGCACGGUGGUUCUAAAUAUCGGGCCACUGGCCGUGGCUUUGUCGUGUUCCAUGCAAAGUUUGCUGAUAACUAUAGGUUAUACUCGCGGAGCCACUUUGUGAAGGGAAUAGAGUUGUUGAUGCUAUUGAUUAUAUAUGAGGUCUACGGGGAGUCGUAUCGCAGUUCAAAUCUUUACUUGUUCAUCACGUUCUCCAUGUGGUUCCUUGUCGCUUCCUGGUUAUUUGCUCCUUUUGUGUUCAAUCCAUCUGGCUUCGAUUGGCAAAAAACUGUGGAUGAUUGGACUGAUUGGAAGAGGUGGAUGGGGAACCGUGGUGGGAUUGGAAUUCCGCCAGAGAAAAGUUGGGAAUCAUGGUGGGACGGUGAACAAGAGCAUCUCAAAUACACCAACCUGAGGGGCCGGAUAAUGGAGAUAAUCCUUGCCUGCCGCUUCUUUGUCUACCAGUACGGCAUUGUCUAUCAUCUUGAUAUAUCUCACCGCAUCAAGAGUCUCCUGGUGUACGGACUUUCGUGGGUUGUCAUGAUCUCUGCUCUCCUGGUAUUGAAGAUGGUGUCAAUGGGGAGGCGGAAGUUUGGCACAGAUUUCCAGCUAACGUUCAGAAUUCUAAAGGCACUUCUCUUCCUGGGGUUCCUGUCUGUCUUAACUGUAUUGUUCGUGGUCUGCAACCUUACAAUAGCGGAUUUGUUUGCUUCCAUCCUUGCCUUCAUUCCCACUGGAUGGGCUCUGCUUCUGAUUGGUCAAGCAUGCAGGGGACUGUUUAAAGGAAUAGGAUUGUGGGAUUCAAUCAAAGAGCUGGGUAGAGCGUACGAAUACAUUAUGGGACUGUUGAUCUUCUCCCCAAGUGCCAUCUUGUCUUGGUUCCCGUUUGUCAACGAGUUCCAAACUCGGUUGCUCUUCAACCAAGCUUUCAGCAGAGGCCUCCAGAUUUCCAUGAUUCUGCAGGGAAGGAAAGAUAAAGACGAUGCAGCGGCCAAGAAAGAUAAGCCUCCGCCCCCAGUUAAAUAG